AUGGAUAAUUGGUAUGAAGUUAGAACGACAUGUGAUACGAAUAUAAAUGUUUCUGCUCCAAUAUCAGCAAUAUCAGCAAUAGCAUUUGAUCCAUAUCAAGAAUUAUUAUGGACCGGAAAUGAAAAGGGUCGAGUUACUUCCCAUUUUGGUAGUGGCUUGCACCGUUAUACAAGCUUUCGUGCACAUUUAAAUCCAGUUAGACAAAUAUUAGUUAGUGAUAAAGGUGUAAUUUCAUUAUGUUCUGAUUCUGUUAAAAUGACUAAUCGAAGGGGAUUGAUUAAAUGGACCUUAAGCAAUGAAGAUACUACAGAUUUGCAUUGUAUGACUUAUACAACCAUGCCAAAUUCAGAAAUUUUAGCCGCAGGAAAACAACAUAAUAUGUUGGUUAUUAAUGUUGCAAGAGGCAUUGUUGUUAAAAAGGUGGAAUCUGAAAGUGAUAUUGUGGUGAUGAGAAAAUCAAGGCUGAUUUGCUGUGGUGCUAAUUCGGGAGAAGUUACAUUAAUGGAUCCACGAACAUUUAAGGUAGAACACCGUGUUCAAGCACAUACUGGUACCAUCUCAGAUAUCGAUACUAUUGGAAAUUUAUUGUUGACUUGCGGAUCUUCGGCAAGGCAUGGGAACCUUAUUAUCGAUCCUUUAGUUAAAGUAUAUGACAUUAGAACAAUGCGCCCACUUGUUCCGAUGCCAUUUCCCACUGGUCCUUGUUUCCUUAAAAUGCACCCAAAACUUUCGACUACUGUUUUUAUUGCAUCUCGAUCAGGUCAAUUUCAUGUUUGUGAUAUUGGGAAUACUUCAGAUAUACAUUUUUAUCAGGUAAACACAUCUAGUUAUGUAAACGCUAUUGAUUUAUCGGCUUCUGGGGAAAUGCUCGCAUUUGGUGAUGCUGCAAGUUUUGUACAUCUUUGGGAAGAUAGGAAGGAAGCAAAAAUAAAUGCAUAUUCCAAUCCUAUUGAAUUACCUACAAUCCAAACACCACCAAAUAUCACUACCAGCGAGAGAAGUUCAUUAUCUUUAAUUGGUAUGCCAUAUUAUAAAGAGCCAUUACUUUCCGUAUGGCCAUCAAAUAUGAGGUUUGAGGUUGGAAAUCCUCCACCAAAAAUUGAUCCUGAUAUCUUAAAUAAUAUGAAGAUGAUAGAUUUUGUUGGAUACUCUCCAAAUCCAGGAAAUAUGAAAAGAAAUCAAGUUGUAAGAUAUUCAAGGAAAAAGCACAAAGAUGGCACGCCAAAAUUUAGAUCUGAGAAGGAAAGAGAAUUACAAUCCGGAAAGACCGAAUUGGACGCAACGAGUACUAAAAUGCCUAAAUAUUAUAAAAGAGUAGAGAUUCAAUAUAGCCGAUUUGGGGUAGAUGAUUUCGAUUUUGAGUUCUAUAAUAAAAGUCGUUAUGCAGGACUUGAAACCCAUAUAGCGAAUUCCUAUUGUAAUUCUUUAUUACAAGUUCUUUUCUUCACACCAGUUCUUCGUUUAAUAACUAGGUCGCAUAUUGGUACAGCUUGUACAAAAGAAAAUUGUUUAUGCUGUGAACUUGGUUUCUUGUUUCGCAUGUUGGAAAAUGCUAGGGGAAGGAAUUGUCAAGCUUCAAAUUUCUUGAGGGCUUUCAGUACAAUUCCACAAGCAUUGGCUCUUGGAUUAUUUGAACCCGAUGAACCAGAUGAAAAUACACCUUAUUCGAUGCUCAUUCAGAACUUUAAUCGAUUCAUUCUUGAACAACUUCAUCAAGAAUGUAAUUCGAAUAAUAAUCCACGUUUGUUAAAGUCUCUUCCAUUAGAACAAACAUCUCAUUCAAUGAUUCAACAAUUAUUUGGAAUGCAAGUUGCUUCAAUAAGCAAGUGUCAAUGUGAGACACAAACAGAUCGUUUAACGACUUCAUUUGUUUCACAUAAAGGAAAAGAAAGAGAAUCGAAAACUAAAGCUUUUGUUGAUAUUUUACGGACAAGUAUUCAACGUGAAAUUCAACAGAGGGCUUGGUGCAAUAAUUGCCAGCAAUAUGUUCCUACAAUAGCUAAAAAGAUUCCAAAAAGUUUACCUCCUGUAUUAUCAAUAAAUUGCGGUGCGGGAACAUCAGUUCCUUUAGAAAUUUGGAGAACGCAUGAUGGACAAAAUGCAUGGUUACCAGAAAGAGUUUCCAUGGAUAUAGAUGAUGACGAUAUUUUGACUGUGAAAGAAUUAUCAUCUGAUGCAAUUGUAGAUAUCAAUACUAGUGGAAGUUCAAAACAUGCUAAUUACGAAUUAAUGGCCAUAAUUUCUCAAGUGAGAGUUGAAAAAGAAAUACCUCAUUUAGUUGCUUUUAUUAAAGUACCUAAAAGUGAAUUGGAAUCUACAAGUAAAAGUCCUUGGUAUCUUUUUAAUGAUUUUUCUGUAAAGAAUAUUACCGAACAAGAAGUUUUCAAUUUUCAAGGAAUGCCCGUUGUAUUAUAUUAUUCAAGAGUUGAUAUAUCAGAUUUGAUGGAUACUAGUGAUUUACCUUCAGAGAUUGAUAAAUCCAUCUUAUUUAAGGAUAUUUCAAUAUCAAAGCAUCAUUCAACUAAUAAGAAAUCAGUUGAUUUGUUGACACCAGAAGAGUUGCCACAACCAGGAACUUUAGUAGCAAUUGAUGCUGAAUUUGUAGCUUUAAGUCAGGAAGAAACAGAAAUUAGAAGUGAUGGAACAAAAUCAGUAAUUCGUCCAAGUCGUCUUAGUUUAGCACGUGUUAGUGUCUUGCGCGGUGAAGGAGCAAAAGAAGGCUUUCCGUUUAUUGAUGAUUAUAUUGCUGCAUCAGAACCGGUUGUUGAUUAUUUAACGGAAUAUUCUGGAAUUAAAGCUGGUGAUUUGGAUCCAGGUUCAUCUAAGCACACUUUAGUUCCUUUAAAGAUUGCUUAUAAAAAAUUACGAUUACUUCUUGACCUUGGUUGUGUUCUUGUUGGUCAUGGAUUGAAAAAGGAUUUUCGUAUUAUAAAUAUUUUAGUUCCACCUGAACAAGUCAUUGAUACUGUAGAUAUUUUUCACAUUAAAAAUAGACAAAGAAAAAUAUCACUAAGGUUCUUAGCAUGGUAUCUUCUUAAUCAAAAUAUUCAAACAGAUACACAUGAUAGCAUUGAAGAUGCACAUACAGCUUUAUUAAUAUAUAAAAAAUAUCUUCAAUUUAAGUCAGAAGGUAAAUUUGAAAAAGUAUUAGAAGAUAUAUAUAGCGAAGGGCAUAAACACAAUUGGAAACCAACACAUGGAAUGUUUCCAACUUCGCAUAUUGAAGGUUCUUCAAGUUCUUAUCCAGCUUUACCUGAAAUGCUAGAAACUAAUACAACAGAAAUUUCUUCAGAAAUAAUAGAAAAUCAGAAUUCUGAAACAUCUGAAAUAAAUUUUUCUCAGAAUAAGUAA